AUCAGAGCCUUAAAGGAGACAGGAGUAAAAUUGUGGAUAACCUUUAAUUUAUCUCUGGACAGGGGAAUAACUGGAUGCUUUGUUUUUUUUUUAUGCUUUUCUCUCUAUUUGUAACACACAGAUGGACAAGCAGCUGAUGCAGAGGGCAGUUCUUUGCACGGUGCACUUGGAAAGCAAGGACCCGAAGGCAUCUUGAAAUAGAAAUUCAAAAGAGGAGGAGGAAGAGAGAGAGGAGGGGGGUUUAGAGGGAGAGCAUUGGUAUGCCAGGCUCAAAACCUAGCAUGGCUGUGCAGAAGAAACACAGUGACAUCCCUCCAUCGCAGGGACCACUUUCUACACGCACCAUCGAGAGCCAGAGGAAGAGGAAUGGAUCUGAAAAAACAGAUAAUCGUGGUAAUAUCAAGCCAAACACACAGGCAAAGAAAACAGCCUGCUUCGUCAACAAGGCUGCCCAAAUGUGCAACACAGCCACUUCACCGCGGGCCGCUGCAGUGGCCGCUGGACCAAAUGUUGAUGAGAGGCUGAAAGCUGCUCGGGAAAGACGAGAGGAGCAUCAGAGGACACUUGCCUCUCGGGAAAAGAGCAGGUUGGAGCGGGAGCAACGAGCCAGGCGGUACCAUGAGCAACAACUGCAGGAGCGCAAGAAGAAACUCCUGGACCUGAGGCUCAAAGAGGAGAGGAAGCGCGCUGCUGUGGAGGAGAAGCGCAGGCAGAGACUGAAGGAGGAUAAAGAGCGAUAUGAAUCUGCAGUGCGUAGGACAGUGGAGAAGAGCCAAAGGGCCCAACACAACCACAGUCAAAACUCCAGAGGAAGGAAGCUCACCAAGAACGUUCCACGUCGCUUGCCUCUGACAACAUGGGAGAAGAACUUGGUCAGUCGCCUGCUUACCCCUACAUGCUCUUAUCUGGCCAGGAGCAAGAGUGCUGGUUGUCAGUCAGGAGAAGAAGUUGUCCAUGUUUGUCGCCGUGCAGUUUCAUUCCACUCCAUGAAUUCAACCACCAACAUCACCCCUCCCAAACCCCAGCAGCACUCUGGUUCAGUCCACAACAGGCCUUCAUCUGCCUCCCUGAGUCCAAUGCAAAGAAGCAUCAAUGCGGCACAGAUAAAAGCAGUAAAACAGCCAAACACUAAUAAGAAGAACUCAAAACCUAAAUCACCUGCCGUCAGUGUGAAACCACCCAAAGUCACACAAAGCAGAACAACUUCCCCGUCACCUGAGCGAACCCCCCGAAGAUCAAUCAGCAGACAUUCGACCCCGCUGCAGCUCGAGCUCCCGUCGGUCCCUGAGGAAGAUGUUGCUGUUUGUGGCUCUGCCCUCUCACCGGGUAACUCAAGGCCUCUCAGGACACCACCUGAAGGUCAGCGAGAGGAAAUGAGGGAUGAAAAUACACCCGAGGUUCCAUGUUUGAACCUGCCCGACAAAGACACAGCAGCUAUGAACAGAACCGCGGGACAUGGAAGUCCUCCCCAAACGCCUCCUCGUGCAGCUCCACAGCCUUCUGAAGUCGUGAGUCGACCCUCAGCCGGAACUACAGACCGAGUGGAGGCCUCACGUCUCUUGGCUGAAAAGAGGAGAGAGGCUCGAAUGCAACGGGAGAGAGAGGAGCAGGAGCGCCUCCAAAGAGAGGAAGCCGAAAGGCGGAGUCGUGAAGAAUUGGAGCGCAAGAGGGCAGAGGAGCGAGCACAACAGCAGGCCGAGGCUCAGCGUCUCAUUGAGGAGAAGAAGAGGCGGGAGGAGGAGGAGCAGAGACGAGCUGAGGAAGAACGAGCUCAAGCUAUGAGGGAGGCCGCCCUUCUGCAGAAACAGAGAGAGGAGGAACAAGCCAAAGAGAUGGCAAAAGCAGAGCAGAUGAAACAAGAGCGAGAAAUGCUCGCACAGAAAGAGGAGGAUGCUCGCCAAGCCAGAAAGAAGCGACUUGAGGAGAUCAUGCGGAGAACCAGAAGGACAGAUUCUCCAGAUACGAAAUCUGUACCGGUGAGGAUUUUGCCAAAUGAAGCCCAACCAAAGGAAAACACACAGCCUGUGCACAAUGGCACCAUAGAAGAUGCCGUCAAGCUUCCAGUGGUGUCUAAGACCUCACAGCGGAACAACGAGGAGGACAUGGUGCCUGUUGUGGCCUUCAAAGAGCGCAGGUCCCUCAGGACUCUCACAGGCUUGGAAGAAAUCCAGACCCACCAACGAGCAGAGGUCAUCUGAGCACCUUCAAAGUGGGCAGACGUUCAAAGACUUUGUUGGAGAGCUGUGAUUUCUCUGUGAACCACAGGAGCGACUGCAGCACAGCCAUUCUGCUGCCCUUCGGCACCUUGACAGAGCAUGUAAGAUUACAGCCUUGCCUCUCUCACUGAAGACAACAGCAUUUGGUCACUUUUCUGCGUGUAACUCGUGGCACAAGUAUUGGGCAAGUUAUUUAUUAUGUUCUUCAGUACAGCAGGUUUCUGAAAUAAUAUCCAGAAAAAA